UAGGUUUUAGAGUAUUGAGGUGAGUCUACUGAUUUACAGCUGUAUGAUUAAAAGGUAUAGAGGUACAGACAUAAGAGUGGAGUUAUAACAAUAUAUGUUAAGAAUAAAGUGAUUAUGAGAAAAGCGUAAAAGUUUUGUUGUUUAACAGAUAAAUUGAUCUAAAACUGUAAUUUUCAUAAAUAGUUUUCAUUUAAUUGAAUAAACGUAAAAAAAAACGUAUUUAAAAAAUAAUAGUGGGAAAGGGCGUGCAAAAGAAAUUUUCAAAAAAAUUGCUAAGGUGAAUAUACAAUUUUCCGAAAGUGGGAAGAUGCGCACCCUCACUCAAUGAUGGUCACAUCCUUGAUAGAUAAGAAUAAACAUUUGAUUUCAAAAAAGAAAUACUUUUUUUUCUUCAAUUAUGAUUUUUUUAAAAAUUUUUAUUAACAAAUUAUAGGAAACCUAUUACACAUAUUCAAACGUUUUCUACGUCAAUUAUUCUCGUCUCAAUGUCAAUUAAAUUCUCUUCGUCUUGAUAUUGGUAAUUGUACGAUUGGUUAUAAUACUGAUGAAUGUUCAGAAUUAUUCUCUCAUUCUUUUCAAAAUUCAAUUUUCGAUGAAUUUCAAUCUUAUUGUACAACUCUUUCUCGCUUACAUAUUCAUAUAAAAUAUACAUAUUUUCUUGAACAUCUUAUUGAAUAUACGUCUGCUCUCGAACAAUUAUCAAUCAAAUUUAAUAAAACAUUAAAUAUUGAACCACGUUCUGAAUCAUUUGUUGAAAAAUUGAGUCAAUCAAAUGAAGAUUGGUGUAAUAAAGUAAGACAAAAUAUAUUCUUGCUUUAUUUGUUAUUUUGA